AUUACUCUGUCCGUGAGUGAACUGAUCAAAUAUGGUAGAUAAAUAGUACAUUUUUAGGAAUCAAAUGUUAGAGGUGGAAUAUAAAGUACAAAAUUGAGUUUUUAGCAGUGGUUCUUUUAUUUUGGUGGACUUUAUAUGGGGUUUUUACCUAAUUAACUAUACAGAUCAGAUUUAGUUUUCAAUUGUUGUUUAAAAUUUUGUAAUUACCAUCACUUCAUUCUUGACACUAAGGAGAAUAGGGAUCACUACGUUGUUCUGUUAUUCUUUGGUUAUUAUUUUUUUCUAAUGUUGUUAUACUAAAAUGUGGCAGCCAACUUUCACAUUACUUCGUAAAGUAAUUAUUCCAUCAAUAAAAGCAAAUACUAAGUUAUUUUAUUCAUCGAAAAGCCGGUUACCAAGGUCAACUGUAAAGUUAACUCUCGUAAGCGCUAGUGUUGGAGUUCUCGUCGGAGCAGGAUAUGGAGGUUAUACUCAUUAUAAAAUUAACGUCAAAAAAAGUUUAGCACCGGUAGAAAAUGAGGAGUACCCAUUUUUGCAAACGGCUCCAGUAUACAGACCUCAUUAUAAGAUAAUAAACGAUGGUGAUACCAGUAACCUACAAUUGGUACUUUUCCAAUAUCGGACAUGCCCAUUUUGUUGCAAAGUACGUGCGUAUCUCGAUUCUCGAGGUAUCAGCUAUGACAUAGUUGAAGUGGAUGCGGUCCUCCGGCAAGAUAUUAAAUGGUCUACAUAUAAGAAAGUGCCAAUUGUGUUGGCAAAAGUAGAUGGAGGUUAUCAGCAAUUAUUGGAUAGUACAGCUAUAAUUUCUGUACUCGAGACACACUUGCGGGACAAAUCGUCAGAGUUACGAGAAGUCGUUCAGUUUUAUCCGGUUACUAGGUACCUAAAUGAUGCAGGAAAAGAUACCACAGACAUAACGAAUAAAUACUUUAUUAUGCACAAUAACGCCGUGCCCGAUGAACGCGAGAAAGCGGCUGAGAAUGAAGAACGUGAAUGGCGCCAAUGGGCAGACCGGGUUCUCGUCCAUACAUUGUCACCUAAUGUUUACCGUACUGCUGGCGAGGCUCUUGAGACAUUUAAGUGGUUUGAGGAGGCAGGUGGCUGGAGACAAUCAUUUCCCGGUUGGGAGUGUGCAGUGAUGGUGUACGGCGGAGCUGCAGCUAUGUGGAUUAUUGCUAAAAGGCUAAAGGCUAGGCAUAAUAUCAAAGAUGAUGUCCGACAGUCACUGUACGAUGCCGCCAAUGAGUGGACCGGCGCUAUAAAGAAGAAAGGCUCGCGGUUUCUUGGUGGCGAACAACCGAAUUUAGCAGACAUUAGUGUUUAUGGCGUGUUGAGUAGCAUCGAAGGUUGUCAAGCCUUUCAGGAUUUAAGAAAUCAUACCGAUAUAGGCAAAUGGUACGACGAUAUAAAGAACACUAUAGGCAGGAAAAUGGGCAAAGUUGUUGCAGCCACAGCACAUGCAUGAGAUGUCAUACAGUAAAUAUCGUUCUUCAAUCAUCGUUACUCCCACAUCAAUAAUUAAAAUAUCAUUUGCACCACUAUUAUAUGGGUAUAUGUCAUACAGUUAAUGUUCAAGUCGUGAACAUUCUUGUUUAUAUAAAUAUUCACCAGUUCACUUGGUUUAAGUAUAUCCCACAUUUUAAAAUAAUACUGAUAUUUCUAUGUUAUAUGUAGAAUUACAUAACUCCUAGGAGAAAUUUUCUAAUUUACUAUCUUUAUAAUUAUGCCGUUAGUUUUUUUUUUAAUAUUGUGCCUUUAAAAAGGAGAUUGAAAUAUGGUAGAUGUGUUGCUUUUAAUCAGGCUUUUGUAGGUCUGCAGGUCAUUAUUCCUAAAUUUAUUAUAUAUUUUUAUAAUAAUGUUAGUAUUGAGAAUAUGUAGAGUAUUUGCAUUCAUGUAUAAAAAAAGUAUUAUAAAUUGUAUGCCUUGUAGACUUAAAUUCAGAAGCUCUAUUAGAGUAUUAAUUCUUUAUACGGUUAUUGUUGAAAUAAUAAUAAUUUAGUAAAUAGUAA